AUGAUGUUAUACUAAUAGAAUCAACAACAGUACUAGUAGCAGAAUUAAUUUAAUCAAUUACCCCCAUUGCAGCCAUAGUAAAUGCAAUCAGCUAGUUUUUAUCCCUAGUACAUGCAUUAUAAUAUGAGUCAACAAAACCAAAUGGCUCAAUACUCACCGUAGAUUUAGUAGGUCCAACAGAAUCAAAAGAGAAACACUCAUAUAACAUAAGCUAAAAUUUAAGCUAUAGCCUAAAAGUAGACUCAAUAGUAAGAGGAAUUGAAAAAACUUGAAGUUAUGGAGAAAGAACUCUCUAACAUUCUAGACUAUGCAGAGCAGUCUAACUUUGAGACCAUCUAUAGAAUAUACUAAAAUAUCAUUAAUAACGCAGAUCUGGCCAGUUAAUAGAUCGACAAUCAUGAUCCUAUAAAGAAGUAAUGGUAUAAGAAGGUCCUAUAGUAUUAAAUUAAAGAGAAAAAAUACAGAGAUAAACUACAAUAAUUGUACUUUAAGUACCAGGACCAGAAGUAUGACGAUAGUAUUUAAAACAAAGAGGCCUUGAAAAAUUAAGCACUUUAACAUAUAAUGCAGGAAUCCUUGAAUUAUUCUCCGUAGAAGUAAACUCAUUGGCUGGACAACAGAAAUCAAGUGGUUUAAAACAACUAGGUUAAUCAGCAAUUGUUGAAUCAGAUGAAUCAGUCGUUUAACUAGUAAAAUUAUGAUCAAGGAGGUAUGCCUAAUACAAAUUCACAACUCAGAAUGAGCUAGCAGCAGACAACUACCAAUCCAUUUGUUACUUUUCAGUAAUAGCAGCAGAUGCCAAGAGCCCCAUCUGUCCAAAGUUUAGCAUCUUUCAAGAAUUAUACAGUAGGCCAAGCUUUUCCAAAUUAAGAUCCUAGAUUUAACUAAUUAAAUCAAGUUCAUAGCUCCAUCCAAAAUCCAUUUCUAUAAAUGAAUUCACUAGGGCAUUCUAAUAUGAGUUUUGAGAGUGCUAAUAAUCAUAACUAAUAGAGAGUUGCUAAUUUUCAAAUUGCAAAUGAUAGCUUAAAUUCUACAAUCAAGAGAUUAUCCUUAGAAUCAAUCAACCCUUCUUAAAGUAUUGGAAUACCUUUUCAAAAUGUUUCUCAGCAAAAUGCUGUUCAGAAUUAUCUAAUUCCUCCUGCAUAACAAGUAUUCACUGUACAAUAGUAAUAGCUAAAUGUCUAAUAGCAAUCGUAAUAAAACAAGAAUAAUAAUCUUAAUAUCAACUCUAACUUUUUGAGUCCUAUAUCCCAGCAAACUCAUAAUAACAAUCUUGCUGAUUCCUUAAGGUUCAGUCCAAAUCUCCAAGUGAGUGUUCAGCCAUCACAGAGAAGUCAUAUUAAUUCUUCAAUGAUAAACUAUGCUAGAAAUCCAUUUGACGAUUAGCCCAUUAGGCCCGCUAAUUAUAACCUUAGUUUUGCAAAUGCUAAUAUUCAUUCAAGCCAAGAUAGAAGUUCUCCUGCCCCUAGACCUAUGGAUCCAGUUGCUUAGAAAGAUUUAGAAAAGAUUAAAGCAGAUCAUUAGAAGAUGGUUAAACAAUAUGAAGAUGAAAUUAAGAGUUUAAAUGAACAUAAGAAAGCACUGGAGUAAAAAGCAAUAGUAAAGGCUACUGAAAUUAAAAAUUCUUCAAGAGUUCAUACUCGAAAUAAUUCUCAUAAUCAGUAAAAUUCUAAAAAUAACAUUGAAAAAGUCAUAGUCAAAACAAAUGAUCAAAAUUAAGUAAUGGUUAAUCCUUUUGAUAAAUUGCCUUCAAGUAGAAAUUAAAAAGUAAUAUCGAAUCAUAAUAGUAAUUAGUAAAAUGAGGAUUAAAUGAUCAGGCAAGCUAGCAAUACUCUCUCUGCUUAAAAUUAGUAAAUUACAAGAAAUUAAGAACUUAGUCCAUAAAGAUCAUCAAAGAAUACCCAAAGCAAUAGAAAUUUAGGUCAAGAUUUGAAAAAGUAAGAUACCAUUCAAUCUUAGCCAAAUGUGAACUACUAUGAUGACUCAGAGCAUAAAAAACCAAAUGAUAUUUAACUUAUGAAGAGGCCAUGGGCACAUGAUUUAGUAGGAAAUAAUUCAGAUGCCUAUUCCAAUUAAAAUGAGGAAGAACAUUCAUUAUAAGAAUUCAAAUUACCUUUUAAUAGAUUAGCUGACAAUCAUUCUCUUUCCAAACCACUCUAAUUUCAUCCACAAUAACCAACAACAUUCGGUUUAAAAUAAGGUGCUAAUAGUACAGUCACCUCAAGAAAAAGACUCUAAUUUCUUGAUCAAUUCAAUCAACCCAAGAGUAAAAACUAAUUGCUUGAUGAAAUUGAAUAAGCUGAGAUUAAUAGCAUAACCUCUAAUAGCAUGCAUUUAUUUAAAGUAGAGAAAGCUCCUACAAUAGCUAGAAAUCAUCCAAAUCAGUCGUUUAGAGGACUAGCUGAUGAAGACGAAAUAAGUGUAAAUAGAUUUGAUGAGGUAAUGAUGGAUAAUUGCAUCUUAGAGAAAAUGGUGAACAAAAACAUUAUAUAAAGAUAGUUUGACACUGACAACGAAUUAGUGAAUACCUAAAAUAUUUACGAACUAGUUGAAGAGUACUACAAUGCUCUAUAGCCAAGCAAUCAUACAAAUCUUAAGCUUUCUAUUUUCGGAUAGUUAGAUAUUUCCAAAAAACUCAAAUAAAUAUCAAAUAUGCUAAUGUAAACAAAUGCUUACAGAUAUAUAUCAAUGGGAAAUUAAACAGGAGCUCUCUUCAAAGAAUUAGACUAGGCUUUGAAAAGUCUAGGACUUCCUAGCAUGAAAGACUUUGUAAAGUAGCAAUAAGAAUAUUACCAAAUUGAUGUGCCAAAUAGUAAAAAUUAACUAAGAAGGCCAACAUAUUUGGAAAAACUUAGGGAGAUUUAACCUGAUAUACUUGAAAAAAAAUCAAUGUCGAAUAAAAGCAUGAGCAUGCUAUUUGUCGGAUAAAAUGAUUCAGAAUAUGCUAUGGAUCCAGACAAUUUUAGACCACCUUAUUAAUGA